AUGGAUCAUGGUCUCAUGGCGCCAGAGCCGAUGGAACGUCUAGGAUUCACUCCUGAGGAUGAUCGAGCACAUAAGCCUCGAGACGUUAAGACAGAUACUGUUAGAGAGGAUAAAGGGUGGUUAGCUGGUAGAGAGUUGUUGGAGGCACGAGGGUGGGUUAGGCCCAGGAUGUUUGGUGGAGGGGUAUGGGGUGGUAACAAACUCGAUAACCGGAAUAAAGUUAGUGAUGAUAAUGACGAUACUGUUGAAUGA